UCUCAUGAAUUUACCACGUCAGUCUCAGAAAACAUGCGAGUAGUUUUCUUUUUUUCCAGCAGUUAAAUAUAAAUAAAUUUGCCUCUGAAUGCGUCAACAAUCAAACCGUUUUCUCUCCGCAGCCACAAGUUCGGCUCAUCUGGAGGACCUGGCCUACCUGGACGAGCAGCAGAGACACGUCCCCUCACGGACGUCCCUCAGGAUGCCCAGACAGAACUCUGGGAGUCGUAGUCAGCAGGACCACAGAGUUCGUUUCACGCCGUCUCUCAACCUGAAGCCGCUCCACUUCGAGGUUCCCGGUCUCUCGUCUGAUUGGUUGUUCACGGGCAGGGAGUGGCUUUUCCAGGAAGUGGACGCUCGUCUUCGCAGUGGUGACCCUUCGACCAAUCGGGGCGUGGUGAUCGUCGGCAACAUGGGCUUCGGCAAAACGGCCAUCAUCGCCCGUCUGGUGGCGCUCAGUUGUCACGGACACCGCAUGUGGCCGACCGCAGCCAGCAGCCAGACAAUGCCCAAACAUGUAGAGGCUGUUUCUUUCUCCCACGACUCCCUGGGAAGAGGAGGAGACGAAGGAGGAGGAGGAGGAGGAGGAGGAGGAAGCUGUCCAGGGACUCCAGAGAUGAGAAGGAGGCAGGAGGCGGCACUCAGGAGGCUUUCAGGACAGGUCGUCUCGUAUCAUUUCUGUCAGGCUGAUAACUGUCACACCUGUCUGGUCCCGGAGUUCGUCCACAACAUGGCGGAGAUGCUGAGUGAUGCCCCUCAGCUGGCGGCCUAUCGGGAGCUGCUGCACCGCUCGCCGCCGCUACAGAGCGCGCUCAGUCUGCGCUCCUGCAUCCAGGAUCCGAGCGCCGCCCUGCAGAGAGGAAUCCUGGAGCCGCUGGACGCUCUGCACAGAGAGAGGAAGUUACACAUGGAGGGGGCGGGGCUUAUUGUGCUGAUUGACGGGCUGAAUGAGGCGGAGUUCCACCGGCCGGACUACGGCGACACGCUGACCUCCUUCCUGUCCCGAAACAUCCCGAAGUUUCCGUCCUGGUUGAAGGUCAUCACCACCGUCAGGACCGGUCAGCAGGACAUCACUCGCUCGCUGCCGUUUCACUGCAUCUCUCUGGACAGGAUGGAGGAGAACAACGCCAUCGACCAGGACCUGCAGGGUUACCUGAUGCAGCGAAUCCACAGCAGCGCAGAGAUCCAGAGCAACGUGUCGCUGAGUAACGGUCGCCUUGACAACGCGGCGCUGGCCAAGCUGAUCGGCCACCUGAAGAGUCUGAGCAGAGGCUCGUACCUGUACCUGAAACUGACCCUGGACCUGAUCGAGGGCGGAUACCUGGUCCUGAAGAGCUCCAGCUUCAAGGUGGUCCCUGUGAGUCUGGCUGAAGUCUACCUGCUGCAGCUCAACAUGCGGUUUCCCACCCAGUCGUCUUUUCAGAGAGUUCUGCCGCUUCUCAACGUCGCCGUGGCGUCGCUGCACCCGCUGACCGACCAGCAGCUGUUCGAGGCGGUGAACGCCGGCGCUCUGAGCGGAGGAGCGCUGCAGUGGGGCGAGUUCGUGCAGCGAGUGGAGCAGCUGUCCUCCUUCCUGCUGCGGCGCAGCGACGGCAGCCGCAUGCUGAACCACGCCUCCUUCAGGGAGUGGCUGAUGUGGAGGGAGGAGGGCCAGGACGACCGCUUCCUCUGCGACCCCAGGAGCGGUCACACUCUGCUGGCCUUCUGGCUCUGCAGACAGGAGGGAAAAUUAAACCGACAGCAAACACUGGAGCUGGGACAUCACAUCCUGAAGGCUCACAUCUACAAGGGUCUGAGUAAGAAGCUCGGGGUCUCCUCCUCAGUCCUGCAGGGGCUGUGGCUGUCCUACAGCACGGAGAGCCUAAGCCCCGCCCUCGCAUCGCUGCGUAACCUGUACACCCCCAACAUCAAGGUGAGCAGGCUGCUGAUUCUGGGCGGGGCCGAUGUGGAUCACCGUAGUGACGUCCUGAACGGCGCCCCCCUGCUGUGUGUCCAUGCUCACCUGGGACACGGAGACGCCGUGGCGCUGCUGCUCGACCUCGGAGCUCAGGUGGACGCUCAGACACAUGACGGUUUGACCGCGCUGGGAUUCGCCGCUGCAGCUGGACACCUGGACAUCGUCACCACGCUGAGUCAGCACGCCGCCAAGGUGGGACAUGUGGACAGCUCAGGUCGGUGUGUGUUGGUGCUCGCCGCUCAGCGUGGUCACCUGGAGGUGCUGCGCUUCCUGCUGAAGCGAGCGGACUGGAGCUGCACUUCCUGCCGGCCAGCGGGGGACAAGCAGGAGGGAGGCGCGCUGCAGCAGGCGCUGACCGCCGCCGCCAGCAUGGGACACCCCGAGGUGUUGUCGUACCUGCUGGAUCUCCCAGAGGAGGACGAGGAGGAGGAGGAGAGACCGGAGAUCAACACACCCGACAGUCUGUGGGGAGAGACAGCUCUGACGGCGGCUGCAGGAAGUGGUCGUCUGUCCGUCUGCAGGCUGCUGUUGGAUCAGGGAGCUGCUGCUGAACAAAGCAACAGGCGAAGCGUCGCUCCGCUCUUCAGCGCUGUGAGACGAGGACACUGGCAGGUGGUGGAGCUCUUACUGAGUCACGGCGUGGAGGUGAACGUGGUGGACCAGCAGGGUCGGACGGCUCUGAUGACGGCAGCCUCAGAGGGUCAUGUGACCGUCGCCCAGCUGCUGCUGGAUCACGGAGCCUCUCUGGACCAGACGGACAGGGAGGGGUUAACGGCACUGAGCUGGGCGUGUCUGAAGGGUCAGCUCCCGUUGGUCAGAGAGCUGGUGCAGAGAGGAGCCGCCACGUCGCACGCCGACCGCAGCGGACGCACGCCGCUCGACCUGGCCGCCUUCCGCGGCGACCCUGAAGUGGUGCAGCACCUGGUGGAUCACGGAGCCUCGGUGGAGCACGUGGACUGCAGCGGGAUGCGUCCUCUGGACCGGGCGGUCGGCUGCAGAAACACGUCAGCGGUCAUCGCUCUGCUCAAAAAGGGAGCCCAGAUAGGACCAGCGACGUGGGCCAUGGCGACCUCUAAACCCGACAUCUUAAUGGUUCUGCUCAGUAAACUGAUCCAAGAGGGCGACAGACUGUACAAGCAAGGUAAGGUGAGGGAAGGCGCUCGCUCGUAUCAGUCGGCUCUGCAGAAGUUUCCGGGUGACGAGCUGAAGACGUUCAGACAGCUGAGAGUGUGCGUGCUGCUCAACCUGUCCCGCUGCCACCGAAAGAUGAACGAUUUUGGCCUUGCGGAGGAGUUUGCCACCAAGGCGCUGGAGCUGAAAGCCAAAUCGUAUGAAGCCUUUUACGCCCGAGCACGCGCCAAACGCGGACGCAGACAGUUCCACGCAGCCCUGGAGGACCUGAUUGAGGCCAGCAGCCUGUGCCCCUCCAACCGGGAGAUCCAGCGCCUGCUGUCCCGGGUCAAGGAGGAGUGUCGGCAGGUUGCACAACAACAGCAACAAGACUCUCCUCCUCCUUCGUCACAUCGAGUUCAUUCACAAAAUGUGUCCAUCAGCGAGGCCAGGUGCAGAGAUUCUGGUUGUCUGCAGGUGCAGGACAGGGAGGGGCUUACUGAGGGGGAGGAGGAGGAGCAGAGGGAGGAGGGGAGCAGAGAUGCUCCUCCUCACUCCUCCUUCCACCCUCCACCUGGGGUUCAAAGUCUCGACACUCAUGGCCGCCCUGGGAUGCCGUCAUCUUCCUCUCUCUCUCCAACUCACCUGUAUCGUCACCUCCCCAGCCCUGACCCCUCCUCUUCCUCCCCCUGUCACUCUGCGCCACCUCCUCCGUCCUCCUCCUAUCACAAUUUCAGCCCUCCUCCCUCCCCAAUGCAGCAACAGCGACUCAGCCCGAUGUCAGAAAACAUGUCUGGAAACGGAGGUCUGCACCACCAGUCCAUCUCAGCCCUCCACCACUCAGACCAGAUCCAGGGAGGGCAACAGCACCACCUGUCCAAUCAGAGAUCCUUCCAGAAGCAGAACCCCGUACAAGGCCAGUGGCUCCAACCAGCCAAAGUCCAGGUUGUCAGAACCAGUCAGGCCACUUCCUCGGCCCACUCCAGCAUGAUUUCUGCAUACUCCCAGUUUGGCCAACUGCCACAAGAACUGGCCGAACUGGGUGAAGGCCUCGGUCCGAGCCCCCUAGAUAUCAGCUCUAGCCUGCAGGCCCAGGCUGGUCUGAGCUCUGGAGCUUCAUAUCCACAAGAUGAUGUAGAUGUGGACUUGGUUUGCCAGGCAAGACCUGCACUGGCCUACGGGAGAGAGGGAGGAGGGGAGAGGGUAGCGAUAAGUCGAUUUGGCCAGGCCCGUCAGUUUAGUCGCAACCAGUCCAAAGCAGCCCACUACCCCAUGGAAGUUACUGAAGCGACAAUGGGGCCUCCUGAUAGCCUUCCACCGUUGCAUGAUUACCAAUACCAUUAUCAGGGGGGACUACGCCGCCCACUCAGUGCUCACCCAAAGUCCUCCCCCGCUCCUCCGCCCAGGCCUCUUGUUCACUCCCAGAGUAUCAGCGUCCGUUUUUCCACCAGCAGCGGCAGCCUCGCCGGAGGGCAGCCCGGUAAUCACGGCCCAGGCUUCAGGACCUCAGCCUCCGCCCAGCACAUGGAUUCAGAUCCGGGCUCUGUGGGAGGGGGUUACCACGAUGACCUUUUUCUGACCUCCUCUCUGGAGUCAGAAAUAAGCAUGGGAGGAGGUGGGACCUACCCCGGAGAGGCAGCCCGUUUAUCAAGAAACACUCCGUUUAUGGGCAUUAGCGACAGGACGGCAAGGGUGCAGCAGCACUACCAACAACAAGCUCCGUCCAGCUCUGCGUCCUGUCUCAGCCCGUCUCGCUCCUGGGCCGUGUCUUCAGUGGACACGGUCGUCACCUCACCCAGUAAAACCCCCACCAAUCAAGGAGGCUUUGGCCAGGUGUCCUCCAUUGCCUACCAUAACCGCAGCAACAACAAUGCUCACAAUGACAACCAACUUGACUACUAUCGGGAAGGCUCGGUGCAAGUCGCCAGUCAGAAUCCGUCCUACCUGGACGUGAAGCUGGCCCGAACACUGCCAGUGAUCCACAGCUACUCAGACAGACCUAGCGACAGACCGACAGGCCCUACCUCUCCUGUCAAACCAAAACGACCCUUUGUAGAGUCCAAUGUGUAGAGAAAGGUUCAACAAUAAGUCAGAGAUACUGAAGGACGGUUGAUAAAGAGUAAUUUAAAAGAUAUAUUCACUAGAGCUGGGGAAUUAUUGAGGCCGGGCGAUGCUCGAAAUGAAUGGAUGACGUUCAGAGGGGCAAGGCACAAUAAAUGUUAAAUGGGGGUAACAGCACAUACCUUGGAGGUAUUUAUGAUGUAUGGUUUAAUGCAAACAUGAAAAGUGAGUGAAAUUAUGUGGGGAAAAAAGAAAACUUGAGUGAGAUAUUCAAAUACUGCCGACAUUUUCAGUUAUGCACACCUGGCCAAAGGGUACAUUAAGCGUCCCUGCUUGCCGGAUUGUCAUUUUCGGCAAGACAAGCACUAGCUGACUUUAUGAUCAGACACGAUAGGGAAAGGGUAUAGCAGAAGUUAUACGUUCAAUAUGGAACAUAUUUCCUGUUACCGGUCAGGUCUGUCAGUUAACCAACCAGAGACAAAUAAGGAAGGACAAAGGGAAUGGAGCUGAAAAGUGAAGCCAAUGCAGAAGUGCCAAAAACUGCAGUUCUCCUAAUGUCCACUGGCUCCGAGAGCGAGUCAAUCCCAGUAGACUCCCAUGUUAAAAUGUCCAAUUUUACAGCAGAAAUAACAUGAUUACAGCAUGGUACAAAAAAC